AAAGUUCUGUUAAACGGCGGGUUGACUUCUACUAGCCCGAACCUGCGAAACGUUUGGUUUUUCUCUAUUAAAGUGAAGUUAAAAACGCUGCCCCUCCUAUCCAAUUCCCCGUCUCUAUUUCCACUAAAGAAACGGAAAAAAGCGCCCCCCCUCUACCCAAAGGAGCCAUAUUUACAAAAAUGGAGCUGGAGAUGGACAAUCUUAUGGGUUUCCAGUCGUAGAGUUGAAUUGGGGCAGUUCCUAAUGACAUGAAGGAUCUCAUUACAUGCAUUCUGAACACAAAUUUGCAUUCCAAUGCAAUGUCAUAAGCUGUCCAGCUGAACCGCAUUUGUUAAUGGAUGCUUGCAGAUCAUUCAGUCUAUAGCUGCAUUUGUUGAAAAUGAUACAAAAUUCAAGAGUGGUAUUCUGAUUGACCCUUUUGAUGAAGAAUUUAUAAAUGGCACUUAUGAUUUUGCCUUCUGCAAGCCUCCUCAAAUUUCAUUUGAGUCCUCAAGCUAGACUUUCACGCCGAAAGUCAUUUAUUUCACGAUCACCAACUGGGUUUCUUAACAUCCGAGCUGUGCAAGAAAAUGGAGGCCCUCGAAGACUAGUUGAUAUCAUAAGGCUUGUGCCAGAUAUCACUAGGAAUUACUUUCGAAGUCCUUCUCGAAGGGCACUUUUUGGUGGAAUUUCCUUGUUGGGUGGUUUUUAUGUUGCACAAACAAUCUCUCUGUCGUUUGGAGCCUUAGGAGUCAAUGAUGUGAUUGCAGCAGUAUUAUGUGUGCUCUUGACAGAGUAUGUGACAAGGUUUUAUUACAGCCGUCCAAAGGUAACAUUCCCAAUUGCUCUUCUCAACAAUUUCAAGAUGGGUUUCACCUAUGGACUGUUCAUUGAUGCUUUUAAGCUUGCCAGUUGAUUAUAUCUAGUGUCUUGACACUUGCGAUGGUCAUUCAUACUAUUAAGUUUAUAAAACUCUUGACUUUCCUUUAGGUGUAUAUUUUGUAAGAUACACUUUUUCCCUCUUCUUCUGUCACAUCUUUUUUUUUCCCUGUUUUGCGGUUACCUCUUUAAUCCCUUUCUUCUCAUUUGCUCUAAAUUCCUAUAUGCUUCUUUUCUUGUUGUUGUAAGUAUGUAAAUCUUCGUCUUCCUACAUAUUGGUGAAGAGAACUCUCAGACCAAAAGUUUUUCA